GAUAUUUCCUUUACGAACCCCAAAUCCCGCCCCUCUCUCUCUCUCCCUCCUUCAAUACACCGCUUCUCGCCCUCUACCUUAAUCCUGCCUCACAGCCCCUCCCUCUCAUCUCUCUCUCUCUCUGCGCAAUGAGUACGAAACUCUCUGUAUCGCAUGCUAAAAUCUUUCUCUCUCAUCAAUUGAAAAUCCAAUCUAUAUAUGUAUGCAUCAAUGAUCAAACCUAUUUUCCCUGUAUCACAAGGGCAACAGGUACGAUGGAGGGAGUGGUUUGAAUUCUUAGGCCAACUUUAUCAGCACAAACAAAACUCCCACCAUUAAGAUGUGCCCAACUGAAAAACCCCCUUCUCUCACCGAAAUACCAGAAUCUUCAUCAUCUCUUUCACCCCUUUCUCUCUCUACACAAAACCCAUCUCCAGUUUCUCUCUCUACAUGGAACCCACCUUCAGUUUGUCCCUUCUCACAAAGCCCGCCUUCAGCUUCUCCCUCUACAAAUCCAUCUCUUCCAUCAGAUUCAAACCCUUCGUUUUCUUUCUGUGCACAAAGCCCAUCUCCAAUUUCUCUCUCUGCACAAAACCCACCUUCAGUUCCUCUAUCUGCACAAAACCCAUCUCCGACUUCUCUCUCUACACAAAACCCACCUUCAAAUUUUCUCUCCUCUUCUUCAGUUUCUCCUGCUGCACAAAACAAAUCUCUCUCAUCAGUUCCAAUGCCAAUCUCAUGGCCUGCACAUGGGGAAUUGACCCAAGGAUGGAUUGAGAACUUGGCCUUCACUUUUGAAUGGUCCUCUAGGAAUCUCUCUCCUCAUGAGCUUCCCUCUCUUCUUCCCGUUUCCGUCUUUGAUAGUUUGGUUUUGGGGGCCUCCAAGCUCUUGCAUGGAGAACCCAAUUGUGUGAAGAUUGAGGUGGGUGAUGCUGAGAAUUGCAGAGUUGUGGUUGUGGGUGAUGUUCAUGGACAAUUGCAUGAUGUCCUCUAUCUGCUCAGAGAUGCUGGGCCGCCUUCUAAUGAGAGGUACUUUGUUUUUAAUGGUGAUUAUGUGGAUAGAGGAGCUUGGGGGCUUGAGACUUUCCUGCUAUUGCUGGCCUGGAAGGUUUUUCUUCCUCAUCGAGUCAUUCUUCUACGUGGGAAUCAUGAAUCCAAGUAUUGCACAUCCGUAUAUGGUUUCGAGCAAGAAGUCAUGACCAAAUAUGGGAAUCAAGGAAAACAUGUGUACCGAAAAUGCUUGGGGUGCUUUGAGGGACUUCCCUUGGCCUCUGUCAUUGCCAACUCUGUUUAUACAGCUCAUGGGGGUCUAUUCCGAGAAAUGACUAUUACUCCUUUGAAGAAGCAUAAGGGAAGGAAGAGGAACAAACGGUUGUUCUCUUCUGAACCGAAAUCUCUUGCUCUUGGUUCUUUGGAGGAGUUAGCCAAGGCAAGGCGCACAGUUCUUAACCCUCCUUGGGAGGGACCCAACUUGAUACCAGGCGAUGUUCUUUGGUCAGAUCCUUCAAAUACCCCUGGUCUCUCACCAAAUACAGAGAGAGGAAUUGGUCUUCUAUGGGGUCCUGAUUGUACUGAACAAUUCUUAAAGAAGUAUAAGUUAAAGUUAAUUGUCAGAUCUCAUGAAGGACCAGAUGCAAGAGAAAAAAGGCAUGGGUUUUCAGGGAUGGACAAGGGUUACACAAUCGAUCAUGAGGUGGAAUCAGGAAAGCUGAUCACCCUUUUCAGUGCUCCGGAUUAUCCACAGUUUCAGGCCACAGAUGAGCGCUAUAACAACAUGGGGGCUUACAUUGUAUUGGAACCCCCUGAUUUUGCUUCCCCAGUUUUUCACAGUUUUGAAGCAGUCAAGCCAAGGCCAAAGGUUAAUGCGUACUAUGACUAUGUGGAGGUAGUCGACUCUGAUGAAGACCUCAAUUUAAGAUCCUUAAAGGAUGACUGAGAUUCUUGGUGUAUUUAAAUAAAAAUUUAAUCAGUAUUUUCUUAUUUUUUCCAUAUUUAUUGUAUUUCUACCUUUUUCGCUUUUUUUUUUUUAGGCAUAUAUGAGUUAUCAUAUUUUUGUAUGGAAAAAAUUACAUGGCCUGAAAAUUGAUCCACAGAAGGCUUAUUUUUUUUGUAAUGUUCAGUGUGUGAAAUGUUAAAAUAUGAUAGCAGAAUACUGUUGAAAGUUAGAGAAGUGUGAUUUCCAUGUAUUUGGUGUUGGCAGGCCCUAAUAUCAUGAAAAAAUGAAUUUGAUUUUGGGA